AUGCAUAGGAAUCUGCUGUCAUAUCAAUGCUUGAAAGCAGUGUUGGACCACAUGGAUGCUAAUAAGAGAUUCCAACUAGCCAUCCGAAUCCCCUCUAUCCGCUCCGCCGACAGAGCCUCACCUCUUAGAAUCCGGAAACUCGCAUUCGACUCAUUCGGACUGCAAUGUGAUUCUGAAGCUUAUCAGAUAGGAAUCUACCGGAAAUACCUAGGAGUCACCACACCAAAAAUAGUUGAUGAAGAGAACUCUAAAGGCGGUGUACAGUAUGAUUUCAAUCAGUUUGGUUUCCGAGACCGUACAUCUCAGAGUACAGUUACACCUGGAGAUGUGGUUAUUGGAGAGCUAGAUGUGAGUACACAAGAAGAGCACACCAACGAGCAAAUGAGAGAAUUAGAGCGUUAUUUGGAUUAUUACAAAAGAAGCUUGGCCCUAUUAAGUCAGUCAUCGAUCCAACGUACUCCAUUUCAAGUAGAAAUUGAGAAGACGGAACUCUCUCUAGAGCCUUUUAUCUGCCGUCGUGACAACACUACAACGAAAUACGAAUCCUUCAUUCAACUCACUACACAUACUUAUCCAAUUGAACGAGUCAGGUACACGAAGAAGCUGUAUGAAGCUAUGAAGUACUUGUGUACCCUUAUCUUUGGAGAUCGACGAUAUGCUAUCCGUGUUAAGAGACUGGAAAUUGUCCAAGACCCCAUGAUAAUAAGACUUCCUGUAAAUUUGAGCUUCAAGGUGGAAGUUGUCAAGAUUGGAUUCGUUGACGGAAUAAAAAUACUCAACGCUUUGACUCCGAUUAUGAAAGAUUGGAAUGUAGAAUGCCUGGAAUGUAAUUGGAUUGACAACCUUGAUGAUAUCAAUCACCCGGCGUUUCUGAAUAUCAAGACCCUGGUUAUCUCGAACAUCUCAUAUUUAUCCCCAUGGCUCACUAUCUUCAAAAAGUUGCAAAAUCGUAAGAUUCUCUUCAAACAUGCAUAUGCAGUGUUUGAAACUAAGUAUUACAUUCACUUGAUAAAAUACUGGCAAACAAUUGGGCGUGAUAUAGGAAAAAUCUUCUCAUUUUGUGUUACGCAGAAACAGAGAUUGGAAGUGAAGGAAGUGAUCAAGGAGGAACUUGGCGGAAUCGAGAUGGAGAAUGGAACCAUAAACGUAUCAAUGAACAGCUACUCCUCAAUUGAGAUCAGUGUGAACGAGAAUUCAGAUACCGAGCAGACCGAACAACAUAUGGGAGAAUUCACAGUGAAAAUGGAAAUUGUGAAACGGGAUGAAUAA